CGGGGAGCAAUUAGUUACGGCGGAAGUAGGGUUCGUCAUGGCUUCAUCGAGUAGAAUAGAUUACGAAAUCAACAGCGAUCCGUUCGAUCCAGAAUGUGUGAUUGCGAGCUUUAAUGCUCUACUUGGAGAACUGACCGAGAAGGAGAAGCUUCUGUUGGAGAGGAUCCGAGGGAAAGAGGACAAUACGAGUCCAAAGUACACAGAUCAGGAGGAGCGCAAUCUCAUCAACAAACAGAUCAGGAAGUCACAGGGAUUUGACGUGGAUUUUUCCAAGUUCCGAUGCCUUUUCGAUUUCUACCCUUCGUUUCUUGAUGAAUGCCAUUCAACCUUAAUAACAGAAACCGAUAGGCAGUUUUUCGGAAGAUUGACUAAGGAAUCCAUUGCAGAUUACAACGUUAGAGAGGGGACCAGUUUUAAAUUUGUUGAGGUCGAGAAAGCAAAUCUUUACAGGAAUAGAGGAUACACUUACUUCAUCACCUUUGUAGCCAAGGAUUCUUGCGACCAGACCAGAGUCUUUCAAGCUAAGGUCUGCAAUGUUUUCUGUAGAGAGAUUGAGCACAGCUUCUGCAGGCUUAAACCCGGUCAACAAGGAGAAUGCGAUGAAGAUUCUAAGAGGGUUGUGAAGAAACCAAGGUAUAACACAAGAUCGAACAAGCGUUUGGGUGUCACUACGAAUGUGUCUUAGAUAAUGCAUCAAACCAUUGUCGGAGAUAUUGUCCUAUUUGAUGGGAAUUAUAUCUAUUUUAUCUUUUAUAACUUUAUGUAUGACUUUUGUAGUAAGACACUAAGUCAACUAAUAAAAUAUUAAAAUAUGCUUUCAUA